UGGUCCUGCAGCUGGAAAUCGGAUCUACCUAGCACAGUCGAGCAUCAGCCAGGAUCACUCACACAAUGGCACCUAAACCAUCAGCACCUGCCGCGGGGGCGAAGCGAAAGGCGUCGUCGAGUGACCAAAGUGACAAAAGUAACAGACGCAGCGAAUACCGAGCUACCAAGAAGGCGAGAACCGUCAGCGGGCCGAAGCAUCGGAAAUCCGAAGAAGGCGUGCCUUCACGCAGCGAUGGUACUGACUUAUCGGGGAAGCCGGCGGCCCAGAGUUCCCGCGAGGCGCACGCAAAGCAAAAGCAGCUAGCACAGGAGCGCAAGGCCGCGAAGCCAUUGGCGGACGAGGUUCACCGGACGAAGAAGCUGUGGGAAAAGCUGCGACGCAAGUCCCACGUUCCCAAGGAGGAGCGUCAACAGCUCGUCGAGGAACUGUACAGCAUCAUAACCGGCCGGAUCAAGGACUUCGUCCUGAAGCAUGACGCUGUCCGUGCCGUCCAGACCGCCAUCAAAUACUCAACCCCGGAGCAGCGGAAGCAAAUUGCGAAGGAGCUGCAAGGCGCGUAUGCGCAGCUCGCUGAAAGCAGAUACGCCAAGUUUCUUAUCGGCAAGCUUCUCGUUCAAAACGACGAGGAGAUCAGAGACUUGAUCAUUCCCGAGUUCUACGGGAAGGUGCGGAAGCUCAUCAAUCACCCGGAAGCCUCUUGGAUCCUAGACGACAUCUACCGCGGAGUGGCAACAAAAGAGCAAAAGGCGCGUAUGCUGCGAGAGUGGUACGGGCCCGAGUUUGCCCUGUUCGCCCCCGGUGCCGGCGAGGAAGUUACGGCAGACCUCCGCAAGAUCCUUGACGAUGAACCCAGCAAACGAGGCCCCGUGAUGAAGUACCUCUUCAGCAUGACCAACGGUCUCAUUCAGAAGAAGAUGACUGGAUUCACGAUGCUCCACGAUGCCAUGCUGCAAUACUUCCUCAGCCUCAAGCCCGAGAGCGAGGAGCUCAAGGAGUUCGUCGAGACUGUGAAGGACGAUGAAAAUGGCGACCUGCUCAAGAACAUGGCCUUCACCAAGUCGGGAGCUCGUCUGGCGUGCUUGCUUCUGGCUUAUGGAAGCGCAAAGGACCGCAAACAGAUUCUCAAGAUGUACAAGGACACAUUCCAGCUCAUGUGCGGCGACCCGCACGGCCACAUGAUCCUCCUGGCGGCAUACGAUGUCAUCGAUGACACUGUGUUGACGUCCAAGACGAUCUUCCCGGAGAUUCUUGGGAAGAAUGAGGAGAAAGGCAUCGAGAACAUCGUCUUCCUUGCCAACGACCUCAACGCGCGCAUCACGAUCUGCUACCUGUUCGAAGGACAGUCGAAAUCCUUGUUUCCAGCCAGCCAUGCGUAUGAUCUGGAGCUCCUGGCCGAAAUCCACGAGAUCCGGAAGAAGACGAGCAAAAAGGAUGCCGACAUCCGCCGCAAAGAAUUGGUGGCAGCAAUGUCCCCGCUGUUGCUUGCGGCGGUGGCGACGUCGCCAGCGGAACUCAUCGCCACUUCAUUCGGAUGUCAGUUCGUUACCGACGUCUUGCUGUCGGCGACGGGAGACAAGACCGCUGCGCUGGAGGCCGUGGCCUCGACUGCUGCUGGGGAUCCCACGCCGACGCAGUCCGAGAACGCCGAUCCGCUUUACCCCCCUCCCCCACAUAUCUCCCUGACGCCGCACGGAGGCAGAAUGUUCAAGACGCUCAUUGCUGGAGGUCGGUUUGACAAGGCGGCCGGUGCCGUCAAGCGGGUUGAUCCGCCGCUCAAUUUCGCCGACAUCCUCUAUCCGGUCAUCAAGGAACAUAUCCUUCAGUGGGCCACUGGGCCGAGUUCCUUCACAGUGCUGGGACUUCUGGAAGCUCCUGAUUUCUCCUCCAAGAAGGAGCUACUCAAGAAGCUACGUUCUGGGAAGAAGACGCUCGAGGCGGCGGCAGCUGGGGAGGCAGCUGAAGAGAGCGCGAAGACGGAUACCAAGAAGUCAAAGUCGAAGAACAAGGGCGCGCAUAGGGGGAACGGAACGUCUGGCGGGAACCAAGGAGCAAAGCUGCUGCUCGAAAAGUUGAAGACGUAGGACAUUGGUCGGUGUAUUUCAAAUGACGCGCGAGUAGUACAGCUAUCGAAGAAUUCAAGUGAAUCGGAUGGUACUGUAGAAACCAGCCGCCUGCCAGUAGGUAGCUUGGUUGGGGAUACGACGGCAGAAUUGUAUUUGCCUUCGC